AUGUCACCUGAUGAUGCAUAUGAAUAUGUAAAGUCAAUUCGGCCGAGAGUGCUUUUAACUUCCUCUCAGUGGCAAGCUGUCCAGGACUACUAUCGCCACCUUAUUGUGAGAAGGGUUGUCGGAUUUUUGCAUGCAGCUGAUCUAUUAGUAAAGGCUUCUGAGGUCGCAGCAGCUUCACAAGAUCUUGUAAAAUUUGAUGACAAUUUUUAA